AUGACGAAAAGAAUUUCAGACCGAGUAAUUCUAUGUUGGCUUGAUUUGGAAGCCCGGAACAUAGAAGACAAUAUUCAUCGAAAGAUUGAACAACUUCGGAGAAAUGUUUAUGCUGUGCAUUCAUUUGAUGAAUGGGAUGCCUGUAUUGAUUUUAUAACAUCAGUCGAUGAACAAGAUAUUAUUUAUCUCGUCGUUAAACCUGAACAUCUAAAUGAUGAAUCUCUAUCGUUAUUUGAUUCAAUUCCUCAACUGAAAUCAAUUUUUCUAUUAUGUAACAAUAAUAGAAAUUACUAUCGCGAACGACUAAAAUCUUCCAGGAAAAUAAUUCUAAUUCAGGAUAACAAUAAUAAUCUGACUUCUAAUCAAAUCGAACAAAAUAUUCGACAAAAUGCAAAUCAAGAAAUUGUUUUUCAAAUAUUUCGUUCACAAAAUGACCAGAUUACCGAUGCAUCCUUAUUGAAUCAACUCGAUACAUCAUUUAUGUAUUCGCAAUUGAUUAAAGAAAUGCUUGUUGACGCUGAAGUCGAAUACACUGACGACAACAUAAAUGAUUUCAUUGAUAUUUGUCUUGCUGAAAAUCAAGACAAUCAAAUGCAAUCAGAAAAUCUUAGAUCUUUUCGAAAUACCUACAAACAACAUUCGCCAGUUUGGUGGUAUACGAAAGAAUCAUUUCUCUAUUCCGCAGUGAACAAAGCAUUACGAAUGCCAGACAUGACUAUGUUAAUCGCAAUGGGUUUUUUCAUUCGUGAUCUUCAUUUACAACUAAUUGAAUUACAGGAGACCGAUAUAGAAAAUCAAUCGUUUUCAAUGCUUUAUCGUGGUCAAAGUAUGACCAUGAAAGAUUUCGAACGUCUUCAUCAACAAAUCGGUGGUCUCAUUUCUUUUAAUAAUUUCCUUUCGACUAGUUCGGAUUAUGAUGUAUCACUUAUGUUUGCUCGUAGUGCUCGGGAUAAUCCAUUACAUGUUGGCAUCUUCUUUUCUAUUCAACCAAAUGCAGCCAUAAUGACACAGGAUAAAAAAUCUCUAUAUCCAUUUGCUUCAUUGAGAAAUGUUAGCUAUUAUCCAAAUGAAAAUGAAAUUCUUUUUUCUAUGCAUACAAUUUUUCGAAUUAAAAAUGUUCAUGAGAUCGAUGAACGUUUGUGGCAAAUCGAUUUAAAUUUCACCAAUGAUCAAGAUGAACAACUUAAUAUUCUUCUUAAACAAUUACGUUCCGAGAUCUAUGUACCAGGCGUAUUCAACGUAGAUAAAGUUGGACAACUUUGUUUGAAGAUAGGUGAUUAUGAUGGAGCAUUAGAAGUUUACAAUACAUUACUACAGAUGUUUCCUGAUAGUUUAGUUUUUCUCUGUUAUGUUCAUAAUCAUCUUGGUUUAGCGUAUCAACAUUUGGAUCAAAUCGAUCAAGCACUCAUUCACUAUGAAAAAUCCAUUGAAAUUCGACGUUCAUUGGAAGAUGAGGGCAAUCAGGAUGGAUAUUCAUUGGUGACUUAUGCAAAUCUCAGCACUCUUUAUGCAAAGAAAGGUGAUCUAGUUCGAGCUCGGCUUAAUUGUGAGCAUGCACUUGCUUUAGCUAAACAAAGCAAAUAUACUGAAACUGAAAACCCGAUCGUAUAUAGUUAUCACUUAUCGAAUUUGGCAUUCAUUAUACAUGCUGAAGGUAAACUCGAAGAGUCGAUCGAGACUUAUCGAAAAGUCAUUGCAUUACGGCUCGAAUAUUUACCUUCGAAUCAUCCCGAGUUAUCUGUAGAAUACAGUAAUUUAGCUGUAGUUUAUAGUGAAAACAAAGAUUAUUCAUCAUCUAUUGAAUGUUUCCAUCGUUCUCUCGGCAUUGCCGAGAAGUCACUGCCAGACAAUCACGAUCGGCUAGCUACAAUACACUUCAAUAUUAGUGUAGCGAAUGAAAAUUUGGCGAACUAUGAAGAAGCACUGAAACACAUUACUAAAGCAGUGGACAAAGCACGGUUAUCGCCAACAUUCAAUCAAGAAAACCUCAACCAAUGGAUUCAAUGUAUGCAGCAAAUCCAAGAAAAAAUAAACGCACAUUAA